AUGCUGUCCAACACCCUCGUUCUUGCUGCGCUCGGCCUCGCCGCCUUGGCCUCGGCCCAGGAACCGUGCGGUCUCAAGGUCGCCCCCUGCCCAACCGACAAGACCUGCGUUCCCAACGCCGGCUGCCCCAAUCCCAAGCUGUGCCCGGGGACAUGCCGCUUCAAGAACAAGUAUGAUUCCUGCGGCGGAAAGACCGUCUCGCCGCGCAGCUGCAAGCCUGGCUUUGAGUGUCGGGACGACCCGCGCCUGCCCGAGUCCUGCGGCCUGGCUUGCGAUGUCCCGGGCAUUUGCUUGCCCAAGGAGCCGAAGCGGUGCGGUGGCUUCGCCGGCUUUGCUUGUCCCAAAGGGCUGUACUGCUACUAUGGGCCUUUGACUGGGUGCGAUCCCAAGACUACGUCGGAUUGCAUGGGAAUAUGCCUGUAA